UUCCAGAAAGUCUUCCCCCAGAUCUGAAAAGGGAACAGAAGCCUCUUCCAGCUGCCUUUGUCCCCGAAGAAUCUCUAUGUCCAUACUGUCCUGGUCCCACACGACCACAACUUUCAAACCCUAAAGUUGUGACUUCAAAUGCCAUAAUCUAUGGUCUUUAUUCAGUGACAAAAGGUGUUCAAAUAUCUGUGAAAAACUGUUUAGUGUGCAACAUGCAGGUGCGCUUCCAGGAAUAUAAAUCUGGCUUCCACAACUUCAAUAAUAAAGUGCUGUUGAGCAUUCCACUGUGUUCCAUGCUUACUACAGCAGUUAAGCACAAUACUGCAAUCGGCCGUUUCCUUUCAAUGAUGGAGGAUCACCUUGAUGUUCAUCUACAUCACAACACCCUGAGGAAAGCAUUUUUCCAUUUCUCUGCACUGACCGAUUACAAAUAUGAAUUCUGCUGUAACCGCUGUGGACACCAUCCUCCCAUCCUUAUUGCUGAUGCUAACUUGAAAGUUGCCUUCGACCUACCAGUAAACCUGUUGAAAAGGCCACCAGAAGAUAUUCAGCAGACUGAUUUGUCUGUUAACAUUGAAAAGAGAUGGGAAGAUCUUGAGAAAGAACUCAUUGCUGUUGGAUUCUGUGAUGGUACAAAGUCAAAGAAUCCAUUUACUGGUAAAGUUUCCUACUCUGCUUUCGCCCCUUGGAUUGGAGCAUUGAGUAGAGUGGGACCUGUUGUGCCAAAAACAGAAGUCCUAAAAGGGUUUUCAAGACAUCUGUCAGAUUCUGAUGCUAAACCCAAGGGUUCAAUUUCAGAAGACACCUUUCUUCACCUACUUGAAUCCAAGAAGCCACAGAAGUCAGAGCUGGUUUCUGCUUGUUCUGAACUUGGUGUUUCCUCAGAAGGAUCUGUAUCAGAUAUAUUGAAUCGCUUAGAGGAGCUUCUACUAUACAAAGACAUCUAUCCUAAGAUGUUUAUUAAACUUCAAAAAACAGGAGGUGGAGUUCUUCAUGCAAGUUGCAUGCACUCAGUAGUUUACUACUGCUCUCCCCUCUGGUGGCAAGAAUCAGCUAGAGACCACACUGAUGGUCUUCUUAGCUUCAAAAUUCCACCAACGAUAUACAUCUCAGAUGUUGCUGGACGCGUCGCAAGACACACAAACAACCGAACAGCACAGCAGUUUUUUCAGCCUAAUGAUGGAAGGCUAAGUUCGGCAACACCUGAAAAUAUCUCCAAGGCUUCACAAGGAAAAAUCAACAUCAAUUUCUCAUGGGUUAAAUUUUUAACCCAACCAGGAGGCCCUGUACUCUCAACGUCUACGAACCCAAGCCUACAAUCACCACAUCCAGUUACACAAACAGCUGACAGAUUUUCCCUUUAUGAUCGGUUGAUAACUGAUUUCACAAUUUCACAUUACACUUUGUGUUUACAUAGCUCAACAGAAACAAGGUCCAAUGGGAAAGGAGCCUUACCCAUUAGUGGAAAAAAAAAGAGACAGAAGGUCAAGAAAAGAUUAUUAGUUGUUCAGAAAAAGAUGGAAAGCAAAGACACAAGUUCUCUUUGAUGCUGUUUCCAACUGAACCAGAAAACAAUGUAUUCCAUUAUUUUUGGUAGGACGCAAUCAAUAACACUUAAACAACUUAAACAAAUGCAUGUAUUUAUUAUAUUUCCUUUGUUGUCAAAUAAGGACAAACUAC